CAGGAAAUGAGGCACAAGACUUCCCAUGUAAUGAGGAAAAGAAAACGACUUUACAGAAACAUCCUGGAAAAGUCAAGUAGCUACCCCGGACACCAUGGUCACCACCACCACCACUCAGAAGCUGGGAAUCCCUCUCUGUUCACUGGACUCCAUGAGCAGCCUCCCCAUGCAGCUCCAGGUGGCCAUCUAAACGGACAGCUCAGACUGGGGUUACCUGGAGAAAUGUACGCCAGGUCUGAACAUUUCACUCAAGUACCAGCCUCCAGGACAGAUCAUUUUGCUGCUGCUUCGCUUCAUAACUACGGUGGUAUGAAUCUGAACGUGAACCUGGCUCCACACCACGGCCCGGGUGCCUUCUUUCGUUACAUGAGGCAGCCCAUCAAACAGGAACUCAUCUGUAAGUGGAUUGAGUUGGACCAGACUCCCAAAAAAUUAUGCUCGAAAACUUUCAGCACGAUGCACGAGCUGGUGACUCAUGUCACGGUGGAGCACGUUGGAGGACCCGAGCAGUCCAAUCACAUAUGUUUCUGGGAAGAGUGUCCGAGAGAAGGGAAACCUUUCAAGGCCAAAUAUAAACUUGUAAAUCACAUCAGAGUCCACACAGGUGAAAAACCUUUCCCCUGCCCUUUCCCAGGCUGUGGCAAAGUGUUUGCCAGAUCAGAGAAUCUCAAAAUACACAAAAGAACUCAUACAGGGGAGAAGCCGUUCAAAUGUGAAUUCGAGGGCUGUGACAGGCGCUUCGCCAACAGCAGCGACAGGAAGAAGCACUCGCAUGUCCACACCAGCGACAAGCCCUACAACUGCAAAGUGAGAGGCUGCGACAAGUCCUACACCCACCCCAGCUCCCUGAGAAAACACAUGAAAGUGCACUGCAAAUCCCCUCCUCCCAGCUCCGGCUACGAGUCCUCCACGCCCUCCUUGGUGUCCCCCUCCUCGGACUCCGGCCGUGAGCCCCCCGCCUCCUGCUCCCACGCAGAGCCCUCCGCGCCCGCGCAGCCCGCCGCCAACCUGAGCGAAUGGUACGUGUGUCAAGGCGCGGGGCCCCGCGGCCCCCCCGGGCCCCCCGGCGCCUCCCCGCCGCCGCGCCUCCCCGCCGAGCCCCGGCCCCGCUGCUAG